GCUGCUGAAAGACUCUAGAAUGUUUGGGAACUUAUUGCUUAUAUCUUUGGCCAUAUUGAACGUCAGAUCUUCGAGUCACAUUCCAGAAUGCCCCGUUGCCAUGGAUGUAGCGUUCAUGAUUGACGUGUCAGGAAGUAUUACCUUGAGGGACAUGGCUGAUUUGAAGACUCUGAUCAGUAAAGUUAUCUCGCAAUUUGUAAUAACAGUUGAUGGCGCUCACUUGGCGUUGAUGACUUUUGCAGAUAAAGCCAAUGAUCAAUAUUAUUUCAAGGAUGAACAGAAUGUUUUUUCAAUCCAAGAGGCUGUAAGUAGUCUUUCUCAUCCCGGAGGAGGAUCAAAUAUGGAUGUUGCUUUUGAAGAGGCUCGCAGACUUUUUUCAGAAGCCGCUGGUGGAAGGGCUAUCGUUACACGUGUGCUUGUUAUUGCCACUGAUGCUGACUUUUAUGAUCAAGAAUUCAAGCUGGCUGUGAGCUCUUCGCAACUAGUAAAAGAUGAUGGAAUUAUUAUCAUUGGCUUGGGAAUCAGCUCCAAAGUUAAGCCGAUAAUGUUAAAAGCGCUUGCUUCCUCAGUGGAGCAAAUUUUGCUAGUUCCUCACAGCGCCUCAUCUGUUAAGAAAGAUAUCACAGGCGAUCUUAUUUCAAUGAUAUGCGAAGUUGCCAGAAAACCAGAAGCAAUUGUUUCUCUGAGGAAGGAAGGCUCUGCUUUACAAGGUCACGUGAUCAAGUCUAUGUACACAGAUAGUGUGUUGCUUUGUGCGUUGACGUGUCUGAAUACCAGAAACUGUUUCUCGUUCAAUUACAAAAUGAACAGCCAACACUGUGAAUUGAACCACACAAACAGGCUAACAUCAGCCGAUGAUUUAAUCCUAAAUCGUGAUUCUGCACACUACGAAAUGGUUUUUUAAUUGAAAAUUUGUCCACAGUUGUCUCUGGAAACGUUGACCAUCUGCGAGAACUUGACUGCCGCUGAUCAGCGUGACAAAGAAGUGGGGAAAAGAAAACUAAAAAUAAAAAACAAGAAGUUGAACAUUAUUAACCUGUGUAAGUAGAUAAGGAAUUCACCUUCGAAAGCAAUGAACUUGCGUAAUCGUUGUCACAAACACUAAAUGAGAUGUUUAUGCCAAAAUCACUGACUGAAUAUAUAAACGUUGAUCCACUUUGAUUUUUGCAUCGGAGCACUGAAGCUUAAUUAUGUCUCUGGCUACCAAUGGUUGGGACACAAUUCGACGAGAAUCUAGGAAAGCAACCUUUAGUAAAUAAACCCGCGGGAGCGUGAAAAUAUAACACAGAUAACUGUUCAGUUAUUAGUAAAGAGUUCAAUUAAGUAUCGUAAGUAAACCGGGAUUGCUUUGGCUUUGUAUCAUUUCGUUUUGUGAUUGGUCCU